GGUCGGUAAGGAUUAGUUUUUGGCGCAUGCGCAGUUCCCUUCCAGACAUUUCUUCUUCACGUGGAUCGCAGUAGUGAAGUGGUCCAGUGUGACUGUCUUAUGCUGCUCAGCCGAACGCGCUUUUCAUAAAGAUCAGCUAAAAUGCAGGCUUUCCGGAAAUUUCUUCCCAUGUUCGACCGCGUGUUGGUGGAGCGGUUAGCUGCAGAGACGGUGACAAAAGGAGGCAUCAUGAUUCCAGAGAAGUCUCAAGCCAAAGUGCUGCAGGCUACAGUGGUGGCAGUGGGUCCAGGAGCCACCAGCAAGGACUUCUAUAACUGGUCUGAUGAGUCUUUUGAAGAGAUGGACAGCACACUGGCAGUGCAACAGUAUAUUCAGCAGAACAUCCGUUCAGAUUGUUCCAACAUAGAGAAGAUUAUGGAGCCUCCAGAGGGACAGGAUGAGGGGGUGUGGAAAUAUGAACAUCUCAGACAGUUCUGUUUGGAGCUCAAUGGCUUAGCAGUUAAACUGCAGAACGAGUGUCAUCCUGACACGUGUACUCAGAUGACUGCCACUGAGCAGUGGAUCUUUCUGUGUGCUGCCCAUAAGACUCCCAAAGAGUGCCCUGCCAUUGACUACACAAGGCACACUCUCGAUGGAGCUGCGUGUCUUCUCAACAGCAACAAGUAUUUUCCCAGCCGCGUCAGCAUUAAGGAAUCAUCUGUGGCCAAACUGGGCUCGGUUUGCCGUCGCAUCUAUAGGAUUUUCUCCCAUGCUUACUUUCACCACCGCCAGAUUUUUGACAAGUAUGAGAAUGAGACUUUCUUGUGUCACCGCUUCACUCGUUUCGUGAUGAAGUACAACCUCAUGUCUAAGGACAACCUCAUCGUGCCCAUUCUGGAAGAGGAAGUCCAGAGUGCCACUGCUGGGGAGAGCGAUGCCUGAGCUGUAUUUGUGCAUUUUGAGCCUCUAGAAUCCAGACAGCAGAGGCCUACAACUUUAGUCAUUUGACAUGUUACUUUUCCAGUCACUAAUGCUUCAUUUGAUCCAAAUUUCAUCAUUCAGCUGUAACAAUCAAAACGUUACAUCAGCAGCUCCUUGUACAUAUCUCACCCCAUCUCCAUUGUAAAUCCUGCUUAACCAAUAAGAAUUUCCUUUCUUUUUUUUCCCCCUCUCUCGACUAUAAACAAGUCUGGUGAUAUUCACCCUGUCUUUUCCCUCGUUGUUAAGUUAUUACAUGGGUGGAGGGCUCUUAUCCAGCCCACUUUGUCUUUUUUUUUUUUUUUUUUUUUUAAAUAAACUAAAAUGUAUGGUAUUUUCAUUAUGUCAAUUGUUAAUAAAAGACUGUACCUAGUCUGCGAUUAUACUUU